AUGCUUUCCGGAGUGUUAUUAUGGGUGCUUUUAUUGGUCACAUCCGUCAGUGGCCAGGUUCACGUCUAUGUGGACACCGGAACAAGAGAAUGUUUCACUCGAGAUCUUAGCACAGAAUCUGUGCUUCUUGGGUCCUACAAGAUUGAAAUUCUAGACGAACAAGGGAUUUACAGUGUUCCGCGUGACAAAGCCAAUACUGGUGUAAUUGUCGAUGUGGAAGAGGUGUUUGCCUCGAAUAAUCGCGUGAUUCACCAAAGAGGCUCAUCUUCUGGUAAGUUUCUGUUCAGCGCUCUAGAGCUGGGGUCUCACCGUAUCUGCUUGACUCCUAAGCUGUUUUACAAAAGAAAGUGGAAAGGAGACGACCCCAUAGAGCUUGAAGAGUCCAGAUUCAAGCGAGCCAGGGUGACGCUCGACUUCUUUAUCGGUGACGCAAAGAAUGUUCUUGCAAAAGAUCACACAGAAAUAGAGGAAUUGACCUCAAGAAUUGCAUCGUUGAUUGACAAAAUCACGUACAUAAAGCAAGAGCAGGGUUUCAUCAGGGCCAAAGAGGCCACCUUCAGAGAUUUGCUGGAAAAGGCAUGUGAGAGGGUAGUCUCAUGGCUGAUUUUACAGAUUGCAAUUGUUGGUUUGACCUUCCUUUACCAGCUGUGGACCUUACUACGGUUCCACAUGAAGAGGAAAGUUCAUAUCGAUUGA